GACACUUCGACUUCCGUUCGCGCAGCAGUGGGCGGAGCCAAGAUGGCUGAGGACGGACUCGGGAUGAGAACACAGCUUCCUGCAUCUGUUGAAUCUCAGAAACCUCGUCUGAAAAAAGCUCCAGAGUUUCCCAUUUUGGAGAAGCAGAACUGGCUGAUACAUCUCUACUAUAUCCGGAAGGAUUAUGAAGCUUGCAAGGCUGUUAUCAAAGAACAGCUCCAAGAGACCCAGGGGUUAUGUGAAUAUGCAGUCUAUGUCCAAGCAUUGAUAUUUCGCCUAGAAGGGCACAUCCAGGAAUCUCUAGAACUCUUUCAGACGUGUGCUAUCCUGAGCCCUCAGUGCGCUGACAACCUUAAGCAGGUGGCCAGAUCAUUAUUUCUUUUGGGAAAACAUAAAGCUGCCAUAGAAGUAUAUAAUGAAGCCGCUAGACUUAACCAGAAAGAUUGGGAGAUCUGCCAUAACCUAGGAGUUUGCUACAUUUACCUGAAACAGUUCAACAAGGCACAAGACCAGUUGCACAGUGCCCUACAACUCAAUAGGCAUGAUCUGACUUACAUAAUGCUGGGGAAGAUCCACCUGCUGGAGGGAGAUGUGGACAAGGCCAUCGAAAUCUACAAGAAGGCAGUGGAGUUCUCACCCGAAAACACGGAACUUCUUACAACUUUAGGAUUGCUGUACUUACAGCUCGGCAUUUAUCAGAAGGCAUUUGAGUACCUUGGAAACGCACUGACUUAUGACCCUACCAACUAUAAGGCCAUCUUGGCAGCAGGCAGCAUGAUGCAGACACACGGGGACUUUGAUGUAGCCCUCACCAAAUACAGAGUCAUAGCGUGUGCUGUGCCAGAGAAUCCCCCGCUCUGGAAUAACAUCGGAAUGUGUUUCUUUGGCAAGAAGAAAUACGUGGCAGCUAUCAGCUGCCUGAAGCGAGCCAACUACUUGGCACCCUUCGACUGGAAGAUUCUGUAUAACUUGGGGCUCGUGCACUUGACCAUGCAGCAGUAUGCAUCAGCUUUCCACUUCCUUAGUGCGGCCAUCAGCUUCCAGCCAAAGAUGGGCGAGCUCUACAUGCUCUUGGCUGUGGCUUUGACCAAUCUGGAAGAUGUGCACAAUGCCAAGAGAGCCUAUGCAGAAGCCGUCCGCCUGGAUGAGUGUAACCCCCUCGUCAACCUCAACUUCGCCGUGCUGCUGUACAAUCAGGGGGAGAAGAAGGCCGCGCUGGCCCAGUACCAGGAGAUGGAGAAGAAGGUCAGCCUGCUCAACAACAGCAGCGCCCUGGAAUUUGACCCCGAGAUGGUGGAGAUGGCCCAGAAGUUGGGAGCAGCCCUCCAGGUCGGGGAGGCACUGGUCUGGACUAAACCAGGUAAAGAUUCCAAGUGCAAGCACCGGACCACUUCGACCAGCAGACCAGCCAGUUUCCAGCAGCCCCUGGGCUCUAAUCAGGCUCUGGGACAGGCAAUGUCUUCAGCAGCAGCCUACCGGAAGCUGCCUGCAGGUACUGGGGGAACAUCACAGCUCACAAAGCCACCAUCACUUCCUCUGGAGCCGGAUCCCACCAUGGCAGCAAGUGCAGCUGAAGCAUCAGAGCAAAUAAGAGAAAAAUAG